CAAACCCACAAGCGAACUCGGGUCGGCAUCUGCAAACCGGAUUAGUGGCCUCAAAGCCCUCGGGACACUUUUAACAGAAACCUAAGGGGUGGAGGAAAAAAAAAAGAGAGAGAGAUCCGAUUUGAUGCCAACGCCGAUGGGGUCCUUCGGAGACGGGACAAGAGGUCGGAGUUGCCCCCAGUGGCACUUCGCAGUCUGAGAGAGCGAUUCCAUGGCAUUGCUUCUCCCGAACCAUGACUGAUGUGGUCAGGAUCCGGUUUAAAGCGUUGCUAAUAUGAACUCCGUGCUCUGGGGCCUGUGGCUGCCUCUGCCUUUGAUAGUCUUGUGGGUCACACCCCGAGUCUACUCGACAUGGUGGUACAUGGGUGCCCUUGGAACACGGGUGGUUUGCGACAAUAUCCCAGGCUUAGUGAGCAGACAGCGACAGCUCUGUCACAAAUAUCCUGAAGCCAUGCAAUCAAUUGGAGUUGGGGCUAAGGAGUGGAUCGCAGAAUGCCAGCAUCAAUUCCGCCAUCACCGCUGGAACUGUAUCACCCUGGACAGAGACCACUCACUCUUUGGUAGAGUCAUGCUGAGAAGUAGCAGAGAAGCUGCCUUUGUUUAUGCCAUCUCCUCUGCCGGGGUGGUUUUUGCCAUCACCAGAGCUUGCAGUCAGGGAGAACUCGGCUCCUGCUCCUGCGACCCCAAAAAGAAGGGAACCUCCAAGGACAACAAGGGAAUGUUUGACUGGGGAGGAUGCAGUGACAACAUUGACUAUGGCAUAAGAUUUGGGAAAGCGUUUGUGGAUGCCAAGGAAAAGAAGGGCAAAGAUGCUCGGGCACUGAUGAAUCUUCAUAAUAACCGAGCGGGUAGAAAGGCUGUAAAGCGCUUCCUCCAGCUUGAGUGCAAAUGUCACGGAGUUAGCGGAUCGUGUACCUUACGAACUUGCUGGCUGGCCAUGCAAGACUUCCAAAAANCCGGCAACUACCUGCGGAGAAAAUACAAUGGAGCUAUUCAAGUCAUUAUGAACCAAGAUGGGACUGGUUUUACCAUAGCGAAUAAGAACUUUAAAAGGCCAACGAAAAACGACCUGGUGUAUUUCGAGAACUCUCCAGAUUACUGUGUCGUGGACAGAGAAGCAGGCUCCCUGGGCACAGCGGGCAGAGUGUGCAACAGGACCUCUCGAGGGAUGGAUGGAUGUGAAGUGAUGUGCUGUGGCCGGGGCUAUGACACGACCCGUGUCAUGCGAGUGACGAAAUGUGAAUGUAAAUUUCACUGGUGCUGUGUGGUCCGUUGUAAGGAAUGCCACCAGAUGACCGACGUGCACACGUGCAAAGCUCCCAAGAGUAUAGAUUGGGUGGAGCGGACAUGAAUAUCCUCUGCAGGGGAUGUACGACAAACUGACUAAAUCCACCUCCAAUCAUCCUCAACCAUAGGAUGUCCUUUUUAACCUCAUUUAUAAAUGUAUUGAAGCCUCCCACACUUUCUCCCCGACCCCAAUGUAUUGUCUUUCCUCCCUUUCUAUAUAGUCUCCUUUUCAUCCACCCCAUCACGUUUCCCAUGUUCUGUAUAUGAGCACUCCAAGACGCUAUCCUGUGUGAAGGAUGCUAUAUAAAUGUAGGUUU